UGCGCCGUGCUGCUCGCGCCCGAGCGUCGCCCGCGCCCCCUCCUCUCCCGUGUGUCCCCUCCCCCCGCCCCCCCCAGCCCGUCUCCCCCUUGGCCCCAUGCGGCGCUGAGCUGCGGGGCCGAGCCCGGGGCGGCGGGGCCCGAAUCGCCAUGGAGGGGAUGGACGUGGAUCUGGACGCGGAGCUGAUGCAGAAGUUCAGCUGUUUGGGGACUACCGACAAGGACGUGCUGAUCGGAGAGUUCCAGCGGCUCCUCGGCUUCCAGCUCAGCCCGGCGGGCUGCGCCUUCUUCCUCGAUAUGACCAACUGGAAUCUACAAGCCGCCAUUGGAGCCUAUUAUGAUUUUGAGAGUCCAAACAUCAACGUACCCUCCAUGUCCUUUGUUGAAGAUGUCACCAUAGGUGAGGGAGAGUCCAUCCCUCCCGACACCCAGUUUACAAAAACAUGGAGGAUACAAAACACAGGGACGGAGGUAUGGCCUCCAGGAGUUUGUCUGAAGUACGUUGGGGGAGACCAGUUUGGCCAUGUAAACAUGGUAAUGGUCAGGUCUCUGGAGCCCCAGGAGAUUGCGGAUGUCAGCGUUCAGAUGUGCAGCCCCAGCACAGCAGGAAUGUAUCAGGGACAGUGGCGAAUGUGCACUGCCACAGGACUGUAUUAUGGAGAUGUCAUCUGGGUGAUCCUCAGCGUGGAAGUUGGAGGACUUCUAGGAGUAACACAGCAGCUGUCAUCCUUUGAAACGGAGUUCAACACACAACCGCACCGCAAGGUAGAAGGAAACUUUAACCCGUUCGCCUCUCCACAGAAGAACAGGCAACCAGAUGAAAACAACCUAAAAGACCCUGGGGGUUCUGAGCUAGGCACAAUCAGCAAAAACACGUGGGGGCCUGCUCCUGACCAAAUUGAACAAGAUCAGAAUGGACUGUCACAAAACUCUGUAAAUCUCUCCCCCAGCAGUCACUCGAACAACUUGUCGGUAGUGACAUACAGUAAGGGUUUCCACGGUCCUUAUCCCUUCGGACAGUCUUAAAACACAAAAAACGGGUAUCGGCAAGAGGAGAAUUUAACAAAGAACUGACUUUGGGGGGGAGGGAAGGAGGGGGAUUCACGUGGCAAACAGACCCAGCGUGGACCCCCCUUCUCUGCCUCCACCUUCUGGAUAAAGAAGAAAACAAAAUCAAAAGCCCAAUAACUUAAGACUGUUUCUGGAGGAAAGAUCUCAGUAUGCGUGUGUGAAUGCUGCCGUUCAGCGAGUGCUGGUUAAUGCUGUGAGGAGGAAACUCUACCAACACCGUGCUUUUGUUUUUCAGAAGUCAUUCUCACGUGGAAUCGUUGGGUAGCUUGAGAAGUUUCCAAGAGAAAAUGAGAUGAAAAAGCCAUCUUUAAAAGAAUUUCUGCCUACGGAGCGGUUGUAGUUUGAGCAAAUGUUUCAUUUUGUUUCUUUCCUGUUGAUAUAUUUUAGAUAAGGGACAGCGUGCAUUGAGGUGGGACUGCCAUGCUUGGCUUGGUACCAAUGGACGUUGUUGGCUUGGCGUCUUCUGCGGGUUCAUGCAGUGACUUCUUUGUGUUUUAAUGGCAGGUUGGGUCCGUACCCGGCUCAGCGUUUUUAAUUUCAUCUUUGGAUUUUAUUUACCCGCUUCUUAAUCUCCUUAAUUCUUUUGGGGUCUUUAUCUUUCCCUUCUGGGUUGAGUGUUGCUGUCCAUUGCCCUGCUGGAGGACCAGCUCUCAGCAUCACGGUUGAAGAGAGGGUCUCUGGGUCUGGGUUAGGAUAACAGGAGGGCUCCUUUCCCCUCCUCUUGCACACAAAGUGCUCACGUGCACGACCACAUUAAUAAGAAACAGAUUUAUUAAAGAUCCAGAGCUGUCCGUUGUGGUUAGCAUUUCAAAAUGCUCCUUUUGUUAACUCUUGAUGUACAAUAGCUGUGCCUAGAGCAACCAAGCAAGUGUAUCAGUCUUGUGCCAAGAGGAGGCUGUUUUUCCGUAGCUGUAAUUCACUCGAUGGUAGUCGCAGAGCUUUGCAAGUCACGCCCUUAUAGUUUUGGAUCUGCCAUCUGUCUCAUACAGUGUAAGUUUGGAUUCCUUUCUCCUGGUAGGAAGCAUUAGCUUAGAGGCUAAUUCUUUGCAUUUUUGAAUGUAGAGCAAGAGUUAGAAUCAGCAGCUGGAUUCCACUCUGUCGCCUUGUAUUCGUUUGCCUUUACCAUCCUGGCUUGGAUAGCUUUGAGGCUCUCACCUUUUCAACGGGCUCUGCAGGGCUUGUUGCUAGAGGAGGACUUGUGUUCCUCUAAAGAUACGGGUUGCUCUGCUGUUCCUCCAGUGUAUCUUCAUGGAGUUAUUGAUUGGAAAGCCCAGUGUGAAGGGAGGGGGAACGCCCUGCUGGGUUCCUGAGGGACUGUGUCCCCAUGGGCCCUUCUAUGGGGGCACAACCUUACCAGGAAACCCACAGGCCAGAAGAGCCAUCUGCCAAAGAUACAGUGAUAUGCAAAUACCCCACGACCUUCUUCCAAGUCCUUCUGGUGCAGGUUCCCUUCAGAGCAGAGCGCAGGUUUGCUGCUGCAUGGUGUGAGUGGCGUUUUCUUCUUGGUUUGUUUUCAGUGAGGGAUCAGUUUGCAUUGCAGCUGCCAAUCAGCGCAUACAGGUGCUUCUUGUGGAGGGCAAUGGGGCUUCUCUGCUUCCAGCAGAGGAAGGAUUGGACCUUUAGGAGCACGUGUGGUUUGGUGGACAGACCCGGGUCCAUGUCAGCAGCUGCUUGAGCUGGGGAAGUGGCACAGAUCCAGACUGAGCUGCUCUGGAACGUGCCCAUGGAAGGUAGAGCUGCACUGCUUGGUGCCACUGCAUUGUUUUGUUCUUGUCUUGUACAUCUUCCUGCCCUGCUGAAGUUGUAUUCUCUCAGCAUCCAGUUUAGGGAGUAGUUUGCAUUGCUGCAUCGUAGCUUGGGCAAGUGGAUCCUUCCUUUCCGAGCAGGUGGUGAAUGUGCCGAGCUCAGAAGACAUGAACUUGACCAUCACAUCUACAGAACUGCCACUGCCCUUCUGAAAGCAUCUAAAACGCUGCAGGCUGCUGUUUGCCCAGAUGAUGAGGUGAUCCCUUAUCUUUAUUAGCUCCCGUUGUCAGCUGUGGAGUGGAAGGGGAAGGAAAUAAGACCUUGGUGUCAUACUGCAGCUGGUGCUGCAGCCUUUGCCUUGCAUCAGCUGGGAGACCCUUGAGCCUCAGAUCUCCCCACUUCAGCUUUCUGUUCCUGGGCACGUCUGCUCUUUGUGUAGUGAAUGGCUGCCACGCUUGUGUUCCUGUGCUGCUCCUGCUAAGAAUGAAUCUUCCUUUUCUUGAGAAAAGCUUGCAUGAUGCACCCCAAGAAGUCCUGUGCUUUCCCACUCACAAGGCAAACUUGUUCAGCACAGAUCUCAAUACUCUCCCGAGUGUUUCCAACCCAUGGUGUCCUUAUGGCAGGAGCUGCUCACUCCAGGGUGUGCAGGGAGGCAGGGCCUGAGGUGCUGCUGAGCCCCUGCAGCCUCGUGCUGCUCACACUGCAGCUGCUCCCUGGGGAGCUGUAAGCACUCAGCAGUGGGGAUGAUCCCUGCAAGCCAUGGUGCAGAGCUGCAGUGCUUUGAGUCUGGGCUGUAACCCUUGAUGUGACAGUGGGAGAACAUUGAAAUUAGAGGCUGCUCUACCUCUGGGUUUUUCCUCUCAUAAGAGCUGUUUCUCUCAGGCCAAAGGUGGUUUCAUCUCCUGUGGUUCCUUGGAGCACAGUGGUACAGCCAGCCCUUGUGUUGCUCUUGCUGUCAGCUUUCCUGAUCUUAAAGAGAGAGAUCUGAUGUUCAGGUGUUGUGGGGGGCACUGGGAUCCGUAUUGAUUUCUGUAGGGCUGAUGCAUUCAAACUGGUGGAGGCUUUAACAUCAGGCAGGUGAAACCAAUGGCGUGCUUUGUCAGGAUUGCUGCUGCUCACAGGAGCCAUUGUGGGGGUUAUGGUUAUACACAUAGAGCUCAGGCUUGAGAGAAAUAGGAGGAAACCAUUGGGAGGCUGCAUCACCCCCAUGGGGCUGGGCUGUAUGGGAGGGUGCAGUGAUGGAGGCUGCAGCUCCGGCCUCUGCUGAGCACCCAUCUGUCGUGAGCAGGAGGGAGACCUUCCUCACCCGCUGCCCCUACAGCAAGGGACAAUGCUGCAAAAUCCAUCUAUGCUCUCUAAGGUCAGAUCCCUGUGUUGGGCACAAGCAGCUCCUUGCACCCUCUGUGAGCCCAGGAAGAGUCAGAGCAUGGCCAAGGUGUGAGCUGAGCCCCAGAGCAUUGGUGCUGUGCAGGGGGUGGGCAGUGCUGUCCCCGUGUGGGCUGGAGAGCAGCCGGAGCCUGCAGGGUUGGGAAUGCACGCUGUCCCGUGUCUGGGUUUCUGUUGUGUGUUUCAUUUCUUUUCUUGUGUGAGUGAGUGGGUGGUUCUGCAGCCUGUCUAUUCUCUCUGGGGGGAGUGCAUGUGUAGAACAGGAUGGUGUGUUGCCUCAUUGAGUCUGGGAGAAGUCCUACGAUAGCACAUUGGGGGUCAACAAUGAGAAAUGAAAAAGGAAGCUUUUUCCUUAAUGUAUAAAUGAAUAUUUGUAUGAUUAAAUUAACACAGGAAACAAAAAGUG